UGCUGAUUAUAUUGAGCCGCAACUUCUUAUAAAGAUUUUAAACUAUGUUUCCUCCCAUAAUGACCACCUCCAUGAAUUAGGGAUCUAUGUCCGUGGUUAUAGUUGUCUCAUUAUGAGCCGUGUUUCUUCAUGCCGGGCCCUUACAUCUCUUAAGUUUUCACUUUCCUCCAUCCGUCGUUAUGAUAUUAGAGAAACAUUAUUUCCAAAAAAUUUGAAUUUGCCUCUAUUGAGUAGCUUAGUUUUAGAAAAUUUUGCCUUUUGCGGCGGUGGCUUAGUUUUAGAAAAUUUUGCCUUUUGCGGCGGUGAAAACGGUUGUGCUGAGCCCUUUUCGACCUUUACAAAGUUGAAUAGUUUGAUCCUUCGUAGUUGUGAGGUAAAGGAUGCUCAAAUCCUCAGCAUAUCAAGUGAGACCCUUGUCAAGUUAGCAUUGCUUGAUAACUUUGCCAAAAUUGAGCUAUCUGUUCCAAGUCUUUGUACCUUCACUUUUACCGGUGACCUUAUUCAGAAAAUUUGUGGGAGCAGUCUCUCUUCUAUUAAACAAGUAAACAUCGAUCAUGAAAUUUCACCUUCGGUGAAUAAUGCUUUGGCUCUUUUAAGCUGCCUGCAAGAUCUUGCCAAUGUAGAAUUAUUGACAGUCAAUUCAACUACUCUUGAGAUUCUCUCCUUGGUUCCUGAUUUAUUGGAGGUUAAGCUCCCUUCUUUUUGUAACUUGAGGUCAUUGGAAGUAAAAAUGAUACCACUUCAUCAUGGACAUUUAUUUCUAUUAAUGAAAGAUGUCAUGUUAAAGAAAGUUGCUGCUAAGUCAAGUAAAGAAGCCGAUAAGUUAAGAAAGGCGUUUAAAGCAGGUUUAGAAUUACCUGCCAUACCUGAUGGAAUAGUUGACUUCUUGCGACAAAACCCGUCGUCGGCUGAAGUUAACAUCACAACAGAUUACCCAGGUUGUUUUAAUCUUAAGCAGGUUGAAGAAUCUAUAAAGGGUGAGAAGAUUAUCAACUAUCGCUCACAAAUUGCCACGCCUGCCUCUUUCUCUGUUGCACCUGCUUGUGCUGAUGAGUCUGCUUUUGCUCCUGCUUCUGCCGUGGCGUCUGCCUCGGCUGCACCUCCCAGUCUUCAUCUCUGUCGCGCUGAAAUAUAGCAUAUUAGAUUAUUGUAGGAACCUGUUAGGCCUCUUAUAAAAUAAGGAAUAGCAGUUACUGUUUUUUAAGAGGAAUGCUAGGUGCAAAUGCUUUGACACUCGCGGACGAACACACGCCAGUAUUGUUAGGCCACGUCAACCAUUUUUAA